UGAUAGCAAAACUAGAAGAGAUUUUUAAAAAAUAAAAAAAUAUAUAAUGAGAAAGUAUAGAAGAAAAGAAUCAAAGUGUUUUAUCAUGCAAAAAUAAUAAAAUUACAUUUUAAAUUAAAUUAAAUUAGUUUAGCAAAUACAUGAAUUUGUUACAUAAUUUACAAUAAGUCAAGUGUUAUUAUCGCAUUCGCGGAAUCAUGCGCGGGAUACUCAUAAUAUUCCUCAUAGGGAUUUCCUUUUUCCUCUAUCUCGCGAAAAUGGUCAGUAAAUGUUUCGUGGCCGAGAUUCAAAACACACAUCGCCACUAUACUCUCUAGCCACUAUAAAUAAACGAGGAAGAAAUUUUGUUACGCUCAUUAUUUAAUGAUACGCCGCGUUACCAGCAAUUCUAGUUCUACUCCGCGUAUCGUACUCUAAUCAUGAAGUUUCUUACGGCAAUAUGUGCUUUAGCAACAUGUGUUUACGCUGACAGCAUAUGGUACGAUGAUGAAUUACGUUCACACGAAGGAAUAUCGAUAGGGUGCGCGGGAAGACGUAUGCAAUUAAAUCGUCAAAUGAAAGAGGUAAUGUGCGUACCGAGGCAUACUAUGGUGAAAUUAAUACCACAACUGGGCUAUACCUUUUAUCCGAAUUAUGCCUUGGUGAAGAGAUGCAACGGUUACUGUCCGAGGAAUAAGUCGUGCAUGCCACUCCGCACAGAUAUAAAAACGAUCACCGUGAGAAUGGACGGUUAUAAUUCGAGCGAGUGUUAUCACGUGUAUGUCGAGGAACAUACCAAGUGCAAAUGCCAAUGCAGCGUAAAGGCAAGUCAUUGCAACAUUCAUCAAGUAUAUUCGGAAGAUAACUGCGCGUGUGAAUGCAAGACCAGAACAGAAUGCGAUAAAUCGCGUCAGAUGAUCUGGAAUGAAAAGUUGUGCAAGUGCACUUGCAACAAAGAAGAGGAAAUCUGCUCGAGUGGACUCGAAUGGGUUCCUUCUCGUUGCGGAUGCGCCAAGGUAAUGGAGAUGCAUCAAGAAAAAUCUAAUAUUAAUAAAUAUCUAAAAUUGCUGAAGGAAUAGGUGGUAAUGCAAAGGGCCAAACGAAACAACAGCCUAUUCUUAUCUUGAAAUAUUGUCAUUAUUUAAUAAUCCAUUAAGGAAUAAGAACAAAAAUAGUUACCAUUUUAA